AUGACAGGGUCUGGCGAGUUGUUCGUCAAAGUUUCGGCAAAGGGCUCGUUUGAGAGCUUUGUCCAGGGGCUCACCGAUGGGACGGGGGACCUGGAAAGUGAAGAGACGGCUCCAGAACAGAGAGAGACCCUUGGCCUGAGCAGACGCAGCCAGCCGCUGCCCUUGCAGAACUGCGUGGAGGAGGCCAGCAACAGGGAGCAACAAGGCCAAUUGUUAACCAGCGACAGCUGGUGCUUUUACUGCUCAACAGCAACUGCAAAGCCAAGCACAAGCACAAGCAAGGGUCCCCAUGUCUUGGCCCACACCCGACUCGUUAAGUCGGGCUUCACACGCACGCCCCUAACCAUCCAUUACCAACCUCGUUUGCCUGUCCAGUGGAAGAGCUGCUGGAAGGUCGCUGAAAAUCGGUUACUGGCAGCCCGCUGGGGCCAAAAAUUCAACGUUGAAUCGCUGCUGCAGGCAUGA